AUGACGAAAGUACGCAAAGAAGCUGGAUAUUUACGAAUGUUUGUCUCUACGGAAAAUGCGUGCAGGCUUCCCAUAUGUUAUGUGCUAGGUGAGCUAGUGCCGCAGCGCUUAUAUCAGCAGAGAUUUAUCGACCAGGUGCACGAAGAACAUGGUGACCGAGAACUGUUUGAAGAUCGAAUCACUAUUCACGGCGAUACACUUGAAGAUUGCCUCGGCGUAAGCCAGCGUGCGAAUGAAAUGAUACAGCGUGGAUUGUCAAGCCUUCGUGCUGGUCCGAACGCAGACGUGCAACUGAGGACAGCCUCAUUGCUGCGACGUCAAUUUUAUCCCCAUCCCGAGAAAGACAUGGCCCGUUUUCCUCACCGCCGUCUUCCUCACCCUCAACUGGCGUCACGGUCACUUUCACCAACGGUACCUACAUCGUAUUGCGCGCGCCUUCAUUCCGAUGAUCUGCCGACUCAUCGCGUGGAAAUGCGACAGGCUUAUUCAUCUGAAGACCAGUGGACAUUUGUUCAAAUUUGUAUCGAUGCCCACAAUUCCGACACAACAACACUAACGCAGAGAGCCUAUGCCUUGGAACGCCAUCUAUCAACAAGGCAAAGAAAGAGGAUAUUUCAAAACAUUGAAAGCGGCCAACACAAUGCGAAGCGCUUUUUAUCUUCAGACGAAUGCUCGGUAUUACAAGCCGAUAUCCCGGAUGUGGAUGGGAACAAGGCACAGAAUUAUAUUUGGCGGAACAUGCAAAUAUAA